GUCGGGGCCUACAGCGAGGUCACGCCGAAGAAACCCGAAAAGAGCGAGCCGUUCAAGUCUUUCUUCAUCUUCGGCGCGCUGACGGGCCCCUUGAUGCACUUUGAAGUGGCUGAGCUGCGUGGGAUCUCGGGCGGAUUCGGAUAUAAUUCUGUCGUGAAUCUACCGAAAGUCGACGCCGUCACAACGUUCCCCUUCCUCACAAUCUCCAACGACAGCGGGCAUAACACGGGCGACCCCAUGCAGAUGCUGGGUACCUUCACGGACGGCCAGACCAUCGUACCCCAGACGGACGCGCUCUGGUUUGCGGCAGGACUGAAACUGCGCGCCUUUGAACUAGUCGAUAUUACAGCCGUCGUGUCUCUCCAGCUCUCCCAGGGGGACCCGGUGCUCUCGAUCCUGGCUGAUGCGACAGCGGUCAUCCCCCAGUCCGCUCCAUCGGUCGAUAAAGCCUUUGCCUUCCUAGAUUUCGGCUUAAUUGCCACGCUCGAUCUCUCCCAUGGCACCUUGAUCAUCCAGGGCCAACUCAGCCCUCAGUCCUUCCUGCUCAGCUCCAAAUGUCAUCCAACAGGCGGCUUCGCAUUGGGCGUCUGGUCUCCUGCUUCCGGCCACAGCGGGGAUCUAUGCUUCUCCGUGGGCGGGUUCCAUCCGGCAUUCACACGGCCGGCGCAUUACCCAACGGCCCCGGCACGUCUAGGUAUUUCCUGGGCAUACGACGCCCAUAUAUCCAUCUGCGGAGGGGCUUAUUAUGCCAUCACGCCCGCAGCGAUCAUGGCAGGUGCGUCGAUUCAAGUUCUCUUCGCCAUGGACAAGCUCGAAGCCCACUUUGAGGCCCAUGCCGACUUUCUCCUCGAGUUCGAGCCGCUGCACUACGAGGCCUCUAUAGGCAUCCUGGCCGGCGUCUCUUACACAUUGGGCCGGGGCUGGCUGUCCAAGAAAUUUAGUCUGAGUCUCUCGGCUGAUCUCGACCUUCAUGGACCUCCCAUGGCGGGAACCGCCUCGUUCUCGUGCCAUGUGGUCACCUUCCAUGUCUCGUUUGGCAAUUCACAUCCUGAAGCCAACCCGAUCACGCUACAAGAAUUCUGGGAUCUGCUGUCCAAGGGCUCCAAGGAGUCAGACAACAACCACGUCAUGGCUGUGGACAGUGGACUCAUCCCGCAGAACAGCAAUCCUACUAACAGCAAGCCCGGUUCCCUGGUCCGCAGUGCCGACCUCUGCUUGAGCAUACAAAGUCGUACCCCGAUCUCAACAGCA